GCGAAUAGGCGUGUGCUGUCCACGCGCCGCCCUCUGCUCACCAGAAAGUUUCCGCGCCACCUCCAUAGCCGUCGCCCUCAGCUCCUCUGUCCAUUUUGACCCUCAAAAUCUUACUUUGAAUGGCAUCUGGAAGUGUUCUUUCUUUCUCUGGAAGUCCCUCAAUCACUUCCGAAAAGCUAAAUGGAAAGAAUUAUAUGUCUUGGUCUGCUGCUGUAGAAAUGUGGUUCCUUGGUCAAGGACGUUAUGACCACCUUGAGCAGGAUGGGAGUCAAGUACCUUCUGACAUAGCUGAACAAUGGAAACAAGCUGAUUUUCAAUUGUGUGCCCUCUUGUGGCAAUCUGUGGAACCCCGACUUUUGAUAUCUCUUAGAGCCUUCAAGACAUGUCACACUUUUUGGAAGAAAGCUCAAAGCAUUUAUGCUAAUGAUAUUCAACGUCUCUAUGAUACCGCAAACAAGCUCGCCUGUCUCAAAAUGACAGACCAUGAUAUGGUCUCCUUCAUGACUGAAGCCCAAGCAGCUGUGGAAGAAUUGAGAAUGUUCUUGGAAGUGGAAUCUUCGGAAGAUAUCAAAAAGAAGCUUGACAAGUAUUAUAUGGUGAUGAUCCUCCGUGCUUUGCAUCCAGAUUUGAAUCACAUCAGAGAUCAACUUCUGACAAGUCAUGAAGUCCCUUCUAUGGAAGCCUUAACCACACGUCUUCUUCGUGUUCCUGUGCCUCAGUCUCAGGAAGCUCAUGAAACAAUAGCACCAUCUCUCAUGGUUGCCACGCGAGGAAGAGGAGGACGUGGAACUAGAGGAGGAGGAUGUGGAGGUCGGGGAAAUCAACAGUGCUCUUACUGCUGA